UACCCCGCGGAAGAGGUCGACCGCCGCGCGAUAUCACGCACGCAGUUCGUUGCGCGGAGUGAGUGCGCGCAGGCGUGCGCGAUGUUCCGCGCGACUCCCAGGACCGCCUCAGUGUGAGACUCGCAGGCGACGCGACCCGGCCCGGCCGGGAAUGGAGGCCUGCUGUGUGAUCAGAGCGCCCGAGGACCUAGUGGGCGACCAGAUUGUCCCGGGCGGCGGCCGUUUUGGAGCUACGCACGCCGCUGGGCUCUUCGACUCCUGGUUUCAGAUGCAGACAUCGGAACUUGAGUCGCUGCUGUGCAAGCAGGAGGGCGCCUCACUCGCGCCCGCCCACAUGGACCUUUUCGAUGGCGGUACUUCCUCCCGCGACGAUGCGUUCCUCCGUCCUGCCUUGUGGGAGGACAUUGCCUCCUCCAUCAGAAACAUCGACCCCGAGAAUGCGAACAUGCUCGCUCCGUUGGGAGCCACACACGUCAAAUUGGAAGCAGAUGAAGCAUUGCUCGAAGAAUGCGCUACACCGCUACUCAGUCCUCUCGAGAUCAAGACGGAAAGACUGUGCGCUCCUCCUGCGUACGCGCAGCCGCAGCCGCCACAGCUGCAGCAGCAGCCACAUCAGCCGCCGACAUCGUACGCCAAGUAUCCGCCGUCGCGACUCGUUUACAUGUCGCCGCUGACGCCGCCAGGUUCCGACCAAGGCAGUCCCGGGAACUCGAUGCAGGGAGGGCCACGGCGAACGCCUCCGCCGCCGUACCACCCGCCUCCGCAUCUACGUGCCCCACAAGUGCAGCCACAUCCUGGCUCGCAUCUACACCAUCAGCAGACUUUUUCGAAUGUUUACCAGACCAUGCCGCAGACUUUGGCGAUGCCGCAACAGCACGCCAUGCCGCCCGCGCCGCAACCGAUGGUACACGCACCGCUGCAGCAUUCGCGGCUCGCGCCCCCUCCUCCUAUGAAGUAUAACAGACGAAAUAAUCCUGAACUUGAAAAGAGAAGAGUGCAUCAUUGUGAUUUCAUGGGUUGCACGAAAGUUUACACGAAAAGUUCUCAUCUCAAAGCUCACCAACGGAUCCAUACAGGAGAAAAGCCGUAUACUUGUCAGUGGCCGGAAUGCGAAUGGCGGUUCGCGCGGUCCGACGAAUUAACACGACACUACCGUAAGCACACCGGCGCGAAACCUUUCAAAUGCUCCGUCUGUGAGAGAUCUUUUGCGAGAUCCGACCACCUCGCUCUACACAAUAAGCGGCACCUGCCGAAGACUUCUAAAUGACACGCAAGAAAGGGCGGCGAGCAACCGCCCGCCCCGAUUGCCACUCAG